AUGAGUGAGUUACAUUCUGUUAAUUCGUUCAGUUCUGGACAAUCAAGUUUAUCUUUAGCCUCUGAUUUGGAAGCUCAACCACAACAAUAUAUUCCAACUGAAAAUGAUGACAACACACAAAAUAAUGGUACCAAAUUGAAAUUAGUUCGUACUGAAACUGUCAAAAGUUUAGCUGACAUGGGUGUUACUGCUAGAGCUCCUCUACCGGAUGUUAAUGCUCCACAAACUUCUGGUAAAACUGCUAUUUUCCCUGAAGAAUAUACUAUGGAAACUACCACUGGUUUGGUUCCUGUUGUUACUUUACAAUCCCUUGGUAGAACUGCUACAUCUGUAUCUCGUAUUAGAACAAGACAAAUGGAUAGAUCUCUAAGUAUUCGUUCUUCAUCCAAUUCUAAUCAUGAUAAAGAGGAAUUAGAUGAACAACAACAUGACGCAGAAGAGUCUAGUAGUUCAAAUGCCAUAGAAGAAGAAGAAGGCUUAGAUCCUGAAAUUGAAUUCGUGACUUUUGUUACUAAUGAUCCAGAGAAUCCUCACAAUUGGCCACUUUGGGUCCGUUGGUGUUACACUGUUUUAUUAUCUACAUUGGUCGUCUGUGUUGCUUACGGUUCUGCCUGUAUCACUGGUGGUUUAGGUACCGUUCAAAAGAAAUUCCAUGUCUCUAUGGAAGCUGCCAUUUUAUCUUGUUCUUUAAUGGUUAUUGGUUUUGCCUUAGGUCCAUUAAUAUGGUCCCCCGUUAGUGAUUUAUUCGGUAGAAGGGUUGCAUAUUUCACAUCUAUGGGUUUAUACACAAUUUUUAAUAUACCAUGUGCUUUAGCUCCAAAUUUGGGUGGCUUGUUAGUCUGUAGAUUUUUAUGUGGUGUCUUUUCUUCAUCUGGUUUGUGUUUGGUCGGUGGUUCUAUUGCAGAUAUGUUCCCAAGUUCCACUAGAGGUAAAGCUAUCGCUUUUUUUGCUUGGGCACCAUAUGCUGGUCCAUGUAUUGGUCCUUUGGUGAAUGGGUUCGUCUCUGUAUCUACUGGUAGAAUGGACUACAUCUUCUGGUUCAACAUGGCUUUCGCUGGUGUUAUGUGGAUUAUUUCUUCUUUAAUUCCUGAAACUUAUGCACCAGUCAUUUUAAGAAAACGUGCUGUUAGAUUAAGAAAGGAAACUGGUAAUCCAAAGAUUAUGACCGAACAAGAGGCCCAAGGUACAAGUUUCAGUGAAGUCGUUAGAACAUGUUUAUUGAGACCUUUGUAUUUUGCUGUAACUGAACCUGUUUUAGUUGCCACAUGUUUCUAUGUCUGUUUAAUUUACUCUCUAUUAUAUGCUUUCUUCUUUGCAUUCCCUGUCAUCUUUGGUGAGUUGUACGGCUGGAAGGAUAAUUUAAUUGGUUUAAUGUUUGUUCCAGUUUUAAUUGGUGCCACUUUUGCAUUGGCAUUCACUUUCUGGUGUGAAAGUAAGUAUAUGCAAAUCACUCAAAAACGUAGACCAACUCCAGAAGACCGUUUAUUAGGUGCUAUGAUUGGUGCUCCAUUUGCUGCAAUUGCUCUUUGGAUUUUAGGUGCCACUGCAUUAAAGAAGGUUAUCUGGGUUGGUCCAGCUUCUUCUGGUUUAUCUUUCGGUUUCGGUAUGGUUUUAAUUUACUACUCAUUAAAUAACUAUAUCAUUGACUGUUACGUUCAAUAUGCUUCUAGUGCUUUAGCUACAAAAGUGUUCUUAAGAUCAGCAGGUGGUGCUGCCUUCCCAUUAUUCACAACUCAAAUGUAUCACAGAUUAAACCUACAUUGGGGUUCAUACUUAUUAGGUUUUAUCUCCACUGCAAUGAUUGCUUUACCAUACGGUUUUGCUUACUGGGGUAAAGGUUUGAGACACAAGUUAUCCAAAAAGGAUUACUCCAUUGAUUCCAUUGAUGCUUGA